UACAGAUCAAAUGGCGUCGAGCGAUGAGCUUCCGGGACCGUAUCCUGCACGUGAUGGAGGAGACAUACCUCCGGGAGAUCCGACUACGAUGAAGACGAUGAUGAUUGACAAAGGAGCUGCGAUGCUUCAAUCUUUCAAACCAAUCAAGCAGAUGAGUCUUCAUAUGUGUUCCUUUGCUUGUUACGGUCACGAUCCUAGCCGUCAAAUCGAAGUCCAUUUCUAUGUUCAUCGUGUCAACGAAGACUUUCUCCAGUGUGCUGUUUACGACUGCGACUCCGCUAAGACCCACCUCAUCGGGAUCGAGUAUAUUGUGUCCGAGAGGUUAUUUGAGAGCCUUUCCUCGGAAGAGCAGAAGCUUUGGCAUUCUCAUGACUAUGAGAUCCAAACAGGUCUUCUAAUGACUCCAAGGGUCCCUGAGCUUGUAGCUAAGCCAGAACUUCAAAAUAUUGCCAAAACUUAUGGAAAGUUUUGGUGCACUUGGCAGACCGACCGUGGGGAUAAAUUGCCACUAGGUGCGCCAGCACUAAUGAUGUCACCACAAGACGUGAACAUAGGGAAGAUUAAGCCAGGGCUACUGAAGAAACGAGACGACGAAUAUGGUAUCUCGACGGAAUCAUUGAAGACAUCUCGAGCUGAGAUUGUAGGAUUGGAGAGGAAGAACCCGAUGGCUGAUUACUGGGUUCAUCAUGGGAAAGGGUUUGCUGUCGAUAUAAUCGAGACGGAUAUGAAGAAGUGUGCUCCGUUCCCGUAAUAUAAGUUGGUGUUCAACGAACAAUAACAUAUAAUAUUCGUAUGUACUAAAUGUGGACCGUUAAGUAUAUAAUGUAAGUUAUAAAUAAUGAUGUGUAAUGCUACGGGCAUUACUACAUCAUUGA